AUGAAAGGGGUCAAGCCUAACACUGUGCGCAGAUCAUCUCGUCUUUCUCUGAAAGAAAAGCGGAUUGGGCCACCGCUAGAGGCAGAGUUUGAGCCGUCUGCUCAUAAAAAGGCCAAGGUUGAGCCACGAGUGAUUGACAGUGAACUUCCGCUACUUCCCGAGGACAAAGUAAAACUUUGCACCACUUUAAAUCAACCCAAAUUGUCGUUUUCUAUCCAGGAAGCCCGCCAACAUCUUUGCAGUAUAGAUUCAAGAUUUGCAUCGCUCUUUGCGCAGUUAGAUCUUAAAGUGUACGAUGAACUGCGAAGCGGGAAAGUGAAAGAGCUGAAUCUGUUCCGAGUAUUAACCACCUCGAUUCUUGGGCAACAGAUAUCUUGGCUUGCUGCACGAAGCAUCAUGUAUAAGUUUUGCCGCUUAUUUGCUCCUGACCUACCUCUACAACCUAAUUUGGACGCUGUAAACAAAGAUGAGCUGCCCUUUCCCACACCAUUACAGGUACUUAAGGCCACAGAUGAUGAACUGCGGAGAGCAGGUCUAAGCACAGCCAAAAUAAAAUAUGUGCGUGAUGUCGCCAGACGCUUUUCUGAUGGCCGUCUUGACGUUCGAAAAAUCAUUCAUAUGAACCCCGAGGCAUGUAUUACAGAGCUCACGCAAGUCAAGGGCGUAGGCCGCUGGACGGCCGAAAUGCUUCUAAUGUUCGCUCUACGGAGUCCUGAUAUCCUUCCUGUGGGUGACUUGGGUGUGCAGCGUGGGAUAGUCAAGUUUUAUCUCUCAAACUCAGCCGGACCCAAAAUUUCUGAGCGUAAGCGCAAGGAUGAUUACGUUCAUCAUGAUGAAAGUAAAGCUCCAGGCUUUCUACCCUCAAACAGCCUGUCCUUGGAACAACUUGUUUCACGUUCACAAGGGAAUAAGACUAAGAAACACAUGUAUCUGGACCCGGAAGAAAUGUCUGUUUUAGCUGCGCCUUGGGCACCAUACCGCUCUGUUGCAUGUAUGUUUAUGUGGUCCAUAGAGGGAUAG